AUGGAUUCAACCACGUCCCCCUCUCCAAUCGACCCACUUCUCAUGAUUCCUCUGUGGAAUUCGGACAAACCCACUCAGCUCCAGCCCACUGAGGACAACCACCACGUCCACAUCUACUCCUCCACCAACUCCCCAUCUUACCCUACCUCCUCUAUGGAUCAACCACUCAACCUGACCCAACCAUUCCCAGCUCUUCUCCAGCUUUCCUCAUCCUCCUCUUUUGAGCCCACCUGUUUCUACUUCUCCAAGCUCCUCUAUGGAUUCACCACAUUCCCCUUCCCAAUCUACCACUUCUCCAACGAUUCCUCUUCUGGACUUCACACUCCUUACUCCUCUCUGGAUGCCCCAUUUCUUCUACUUUUCCAACUCCUCCUGGAUCCACCUCUUCUAUCACAACUCUCCAAAAUCUUGUGGAUUCAACUACCUCACCUAGCUCCAGCCACAGGAACAUUACCAUCUUCAGUCUACUCCACUCUUCCACAGACUUUACCACCUACUCCAAUCACUCUCCUAUGGAUUCCAAUCUCUUCAAGGACGGACACAACCACUUCUCAAGCUCUUCACAUCAUCCUGCUCUCCUUCCAGCUCCUCUUGGACACCACAUUCUACUAUCCCCAAAGCCUCUCGAUGAUCACACCAUGUCCUCCUUUCCCAAUCGACCAACUUCUCCAACUGAUUCCUGUGGGAUUCAAUUACUCCAGCUACUCCAGCACCAGUGAGGAAACCCCACGUCUUCAAUCUACCCACUCUUCCACAGACUCCCACUUAACACCUCCUCUUGAAUCACCUCUCAACUCCAGACCCCCAACUCUCCCGCUUAUAAACCACCCUCCUCUAUGGAAUCAAGUACCUCUUCAAGUAUGGACACAACCACUUCUUCAACUUUUCCACAUCAUCCUUUGGUUCACCACCCCUCCUACCAACUACCUCACCUCAACUACCACCACUGAGGAAUCCAGCUCCCCUACUGACUCAAGUUCUUCCACAGGCUCAGAAACCUCUUCAACAUACACUAACACCUUCUUCAGCUCCAGCACCAGUGAUGAAACAACUACAUCUCCAAUCUACUCCAGCUCUUCCACAGACUCUCCAACUUACUCCAGCUCCUCUAUGGAAUCAACUACCUCUUCAAGUACGGACACAACCCCUUCUUCAAGCUUUUCCACAUCAUCCUUGGAUUCCACCACUUCUCCAACUGACAUCACCUCAACUACCACCACUGAGGACUCCAGCUCCUCUACUUACUCAAGCUCUUCCGUGGGCUUAGAAACCUCUUCAACUUACACCAGCUCUUCUUCAGGCUACUCCUCGUCCAGCUCCUCUUUGGAGCCCACCAUUUCUUCUACUUUCCCAAGCUCCUCUAUGGAUUCAACCACGUCCCCCUUCCAAUCGACCACUUCUCCAACUGAUUCCUCUGUGGAUUCGACUACCUCACCAGGCUCCAGCACCACUGAGGAAACCACCACGUCUUCAAUCUACUUCAGCUCUUCCACAGACUCUCCAUCUUACCCUACCUCCUCUAUGGAAUCAACCACCUCGUCAAAUGCGGACACAACCACUUCUUCAAGUUUUUCACAUCCUCCUUGGAGUCGACCACUUCUCCGACUGACAUCACCUCAACUACCACCACUGAGGACUCCACCUCGUCUACUUACUCGAGCUCUUCCAUAG